GCUUUUCGGCACAUCAACAUCCGAUAGCGAACCGUCCAAACGCGCUCUUGUUCUCCACUCAACACGGUCUCGCGUCGACCAUCGAUAUGACUGCUCGUCUCACGCUAUCUGAUCCAGAGGUGAAAUUGCUAGCAAGUCAGUCGCUUUCACGAGAACUGCUACGAUGCUUUGCCAAAGCUGUGAGGUGAAGCAGACUGGCAACAAUGGAGUGACGCGCUGCAUCAUGCCGCCGUGAUGGCUGGCACUGAUGCUAUCCUCAACGGCGAAUCCCUACACCCACAGUCACUGGAGGGUAAGCAAGUCACCACGACUGAGUGGAACGAAGAUGUCAAGUGUACUGUAGUAUGGCGCUGCCGUAACGAAAGCUUGUUGAAGGUUAUGCACAGUUCUCUGGCAGCAAAUGUUGACAUGCAUGAAUUCGGAGGGCUCAACGCGCACAAAAGCUAUCUCGGCCUCAAAUCAAGAUACCACAUCUCUGAGAACCGAGGAACGCUCGAGCUUUACAAUGUACAUCUCUCGUCGCCCAUCAUCACACUUGAGGGUUCACCAAAAGACAUUGCCAAGAUGCUGCAAGUUGCAUUUGACAAGUACAAUAGUCUGUUCGGUCACGACAUUGCCCAGCGACUGCCGACAAAUUCUCUGAAGCUGGAGUUUCUCAAUUCACUUGAUCACAUGUAUGAUGGCUGGGUCAGGACUUUGUUGAAUGACAACGACGUUUUGGAAUUGGAGCAAUUGCCGGUACUAGCUUUUGAUGACCUGGUCGAUUUGGUCGUCCUUGAGCGCGAUCACCACCAUCACAAUUCAUGACCGAAAGGGGCACGAUUACUCGGAGCUAAUGUGUGCGCCUGGUCACUGCAAAUCCAACCAGACACACUACUGUGGCGAAUUACGCUUCAAGGCAGGCGAGGGAGAGCGUGACUUCCACUGCCUCAUCAAACCGUUCGACGUACAGAAAGUUGCCUCUCUAUCUCCUGCAUCCGAAUACCGCGGCCAGCACACUAUGAUUACUUUUGAUGGUCUUAAGUAUGGAUGGACAAGUCGCAACUAAUCACGGGUUAUUG